UAUGGUGAUAAGAAGUAUGUAGCUUUAUUAUAACAUGUAGAAUAAGGAUAAGAUUUCUGCCAUACAGCAAGCAGCUUUUUAAUGUAUAUGUAUAUCCGUUUCUAAUUGGCUGUAGGAAUCAUUUAAGUGUUCAUAAACAUUUUUCCAUCUCCUUCCUAAAGGACUUGUAAGUACUCACACACCUGCAUCUGCUACGCUUGAAAAAUGCCUAGUUCAAUGCUUUUUGGAAUUAAUGGCGAAGGGAGAGUACUUGGGCUAUCAACAAGUGGCUCGAAAUGGAGAGAAUUUCCAUACCUAGGUGUGGAGUUCAAGCAAAUAUCAUCUGUACCACAUUAUCUUUGGGCAAUUGGAGGAGACAGGCAAGUCUAUGUGAAUGUUUAUGGACUGGAUGUACCAAUUAGAAUCAAGGAAGAAGCCUACGAGAAUCAGAGAUGGGUACCCAUUGGCGGUUUUGGCACUCACUUCCUUCCGACAGAUCGUUGUCAUUGGUCAAGUAAAGAUGGCUUAACAGACCGCAGUUUAGAUAAAAUUCGAUUACCAUCAAUGGCAUGGCAGUGGGAAAGCGACUGGCAGUUGGAAUUAAAUCUGGAUGGACAACCAUUGGAGAAAGAUGGAUGGACGUAUGCUGUUGACUUUCCUAUGAUGUACUCUCCUAACAAGCAAUGGUCCUCAACAGUCAGAAGGAGAAAAUGGUUCAGAUAUCGUAGAUAUAGUGCUAUGAAUUCAUGGUGUGCAAUUGCUCCUUUACACAAAGAUCCCACUGAGGAGCCAUUCAUAGGUAUAUCUGUUGGUGGUAAUAAACUUUUAGGCUGCAACUCAGAAAAUAUAUCAGUAUGGGCAGUGACUGCACAAGGACGAGUUAUGUGGCGAGCAGGUGUAGGUAGUAAAUCGCCGGAGGGCACCAGAUGGUCAGCUGUCACAUUACCCAGGUGUUGUGAGGUUCGUCAAAUCAGUUGUGGACCGUCUGGGUUUUUGUGGGCAGUUCUCUGGAAUGGGAGAGCAUUAAUACGUAUCGGUAUCACGCAAGAUACCCCAACAGGAGACUACUGGUUAGAAGUAGGCCCUCCUGAACCUGACUUAAAAAUCAUGCAAGUUUCUGUGGGAACAAACGCUGUUUGGGCAGUUUCAAAUGAUAAUCGGGUGUGGUUUCGCAAAGGUGUGCGCUCUGCUCGAGGUGGCCACAUGAGCGAUGAAUUGGCAAGAGGUGCUGGCUGGGUUGAAAUGGUUGGAAAUAUGUCUUAUGUCUCAAUCACAGAUAAUGAUCAGGUUUGGGCGAUUGGAAAUGACGAUAGACAAAUUUAUUGUAGAGUUGGUAUCAUUCCAACAGAGUUAACAGGAAAGAAAUGGAAACCUCUUAGUGCGCCUGUGCAGGUGGCGAGCUCAAAUUCCGAAUCUGAUGAUGGUGCAAACCAUUCUUCUGUGGAAUCAAAUGAAAACCGAGUUAGUUCGACCCCAAGUGCACCUGCUUUGAAUGCAUCUGAUGAUGAAAAUGAAACCAAUAAAAGCACUAUCAUUGAUAGUGGAAAUGAGGUGGAUCAAUCUCGACGCAGCAUCCCAGCGUGGGGUCCAAUAAACAGUGCAGGCUCAUUACUAGCAAAGGAGGUAAAUCCUGAGGUGGAUGACAGAGGGUUGGAGUCCGUACCACUUCAUGAGAAGCAAGAUGAUUCAAAUUCUGAGGAUGUCAACAAUUCAUGUUGGAUUUGCAUCAGUGCAGGUGGUUUAAAUGUUGAUCCAGCUUCCUUACCAGACUGGUUUCUAGAGGGCGAUUCUUCAAAAGUCAUCAGUGCACCGUGGCGAACAAAAAUAUUGAAUGACCUUAAAAUUGCUCACUCAAAAUCCACUGAAAACUUUGAGCACUAUGAGUUAGCUGUUGAAACGAAAUCUUGGAUCAGCAACGGGAAAUGUAAAGUGUGUUUGCAAGGCUGGCAGAAUUUUGAAGACUGCACAAUCGAGCUCGAGUGGAUUGGAUGCAAGACAGGAGUUUUGGAUUUUGGAACUUUUUCCAUUCUAUCGCUAGAUAGAUCAUCCACAAGGGCGCAGCUGAGCUUAAAUGAAAUAACAUGUGUCAUGAAUAUCAGUGGUCCAGGAAACCCUUGUUUAGCUCUUCACACAAUUUACUCCACUCGUUUGAAAAUUUCACCCCUUCAGCUUCAGUUUACCAGUGACACUCAAUUUGCAGAAUGGCUCGCCAACUUUUCAUCAGUCUGUGCCCAACUACAUAAUGCUCAGGGUUCUCCUAGCUGUUCAUCCGUUUGGGCAACAACUGCACUAGGAGAUGUCUAUGUGUUUGAUCCUAUCACCUUGGAGUCAAAGCAGUUGAAAGAUAGUUUAUUCUAUAAAGAAUUUGAUGUCAAAGGAAAAUCAGUUCCACUUGCGUUACCACUCUUGAACAGUUUCCCUCCUGGCUCAAAAUUGAUCGUGGAAGGCAUGCCCUUGGAGGAUGAUCCAAACAGGUUUGCAAUUGAUCUUGAGUGUGGUGGAUCACGUAACAUAGCUUUGCAUCUGAAUCCUCGGCUGAGGGAAAGAGUAUUUGUACGAAAUAAUAAGAAAAACGGUGACUGGGGCGAAGAGGAUCGGGAUGGGCCUCAAUUGUUUGCACCUGGUGCUGAGUUCAAAUUGCAAAUUGAGUGUCAGGAAGAAGGAUUCAAGAUACUGUUAUGUGAGAUGCCAAUAACCUAUUUUGAGCACAGAAUGAAUCCUGAGGGAAUUACUGAACUGCGAAUCAGCGGGGAUGUUGUUGUCAGUGAAGUCACAUAUGCAACACCAAGUGCUAUAUUGGAGCAAGAGGAACUGUACUGGCGUCAAAUUGGUGGUCAUCUAGAUGUGGUCGAAACCUGCGCCUCAGGAGUGACUUGGGGUCUUGGUUUAAACAAAGUUCCCUGGGUUUACACUGGUGGCUGGGGAGGAGCUUUCCUAGGAGGUUUAGAAUUAACAAACACCAAUAUACAUUCCAUGGAAGACACAUACCAUUAUUAUGUUUACGAGAAUCAGCGGUGGAAUCCUUUCGGUGGUUAUACAACUCAUGGCUUACCUACGGAUCGACCCAUGUGGAGUGAUGAAACUGGAUGUGAGAAAAAGUCAUUUGAGACCACAAAGCUUCCUAACAGACAUUGGCAAUGGGUAACCGAUUGGUGCAUAGACUACGACACUCCCGGAGGAACAGAUAAAGAUGGCUGGCAGUAUGCCAUCGAUUUUCCAGCAACUUAUCACCCGCAGAACUGUUUAACGGACACAGUUCGAAGAAGGCGGUGGUACAGAACAUGCAAGCUUCAAAGCACCGGACCUUGGCAGGAAGUUGGGAACACUAAAUUACAAGAUGUUUCAUUAUUUUACAACGAAGGAACUCAGUGCACCUACGUCUGGGGAGUUGCUGUAUAUGGAGACACAUUAUUCAGGCAUAAUGUCUCUCCAAAGAAUCCAAUGGGGAGUUCAUGGGAGCACAUACCAAAUGACCAAGCCCUGACGAAUAUCAGCUGUGGAUCCAAUAAUCAAGUGUGGGCAAUAGGGCGCAGUGGUUGCGCAUUUUGGAGAAUUGGGAUCAAUUCAUCUAAUCCUAUUGGAGAUAUGUGGGAAGCGGUUGAGGCUCCAAAUGGUUGUCAGUUGACCAAAGUUACAGUUGGAAAAUGUGGAAUUUGGGUCCUCAAUUCUAGUGGCUCAAUCUAUGUACGCAAAGAGGUGACACCUGUUUUUCCAGAAGGCACUCAUUGGCAACAAGUCGAAAAUACUUCGGAUGGAAAUUUUAUUGACAUUUCUGCCGAUCGAUCUGAAGUUUGGGCUGUCACAGAAUCCAAAAGUGUAUAUCUAAGAUCAGGGAUAACAUCUGAUAACCCAGCAGGAUCACUCUGGAUACCAGGAUUAUGUGCUAACUGGAAGCACAUUUCUGCUCGAGGUUUGAAAUCAUCUCUAAAUUAAACUUAUCAUAAUCAGCUUUCAUCAGAAAAUGAUCUUCAUGCUGGGUAAAAAAUUUCCAAAUAAUUUAUCCACACUUGUUUUCCUAAUCAUUAAUUUAUGUAUCUAUUUCGUCAUUUAUGUUUAUACCAAUAUUUGUUCAUAAUUGUGACAAAUUGCUUCAUCAUCAAGAAUUUUAUCAUUGGUUAAUGUUGUAUUCAUAGUCUAAUGUUUGUUGUAAGCUGAUCAUUCACAUAUUAAUCAUUGUGGUUUCUAUGCAAGAAACAACUUAUCCCAAAUAUUGGAUAUUCAAUUAUAAAAAUGUUUGUCGCAAAUGCUAAGUAUGCAGUAUUGCAGUCUUACUUUGCUCUUUUACAUACGAAAAUUCUCUAAAGACAUUUGUUUUUUUGAAAACUUUGACUUUUACUUACUAAUAAAUAAUUAAAGAAAUAAAAUAAAAAAUUGAGCAAGCAACUUGUCUCCUGUAGGGACUGAAACAAUUACAAUUCAUCACUGAACUUGUAGGACUUUUCUUUUAAUUUUACGUAAGGUAUUUAAUCAUUAAAAGAUUAUAUGUGAAAUCACUGUUGAUCAUCCUCAAGCCUCGAAGAAAGACUUGAAGAAAUGUAUAGGUAUGCAUACUAUACAACUUGAGGGUAGAGACUCAAAGUUUGCUUGGCUGAUCUCCAGUUUGCAAUUUAACGAAAGAUGUUCAAAGACUGAUGGAAAAGUUUUGCAUUUAGAGAGAAAUUUUGAGAGUUAUUAAAUCAGUGAUCAGACUUAAUUUAUGAUGGAAUGGUUCUUGUGACAUUAGCUUACCAAGAUAAUUUCGGAAGCAUUUAUUUUGCUCUUUACUUAUUUGAAUAUGAUUUUUCAAAAGAAUGAUAUUACAGCGAUUGUAUUUUUCUGACUCUAAAAUACUUUAAAGUUGUUCAAAUGAUUCAGUUCAAGCAGCUCUAUUUUUUCUCAGUUUUCAUGCCUUAAGUAAUUGAUAUUAGUCUUCAAUUUAUUGUUGCCUUUUCGGUCUUCAGUCAUCACCUUUCUUUUAAUUCUCUUUGUUGUGUUUUGUGGUUUGUGAUAUUAGUUUUAAGCUUGUGAUUAGGUAUGGGUAGCUGUGGCCAAAUUUUAGCUGGCUGAAUUCCUUUGUUUUAUUUUUCCUUUAUUUGGAUCUUUCUUGAAAUUAUAAAAGCUCUACUUAUCUUUUUCAACUUUACUGUAGAUGCAAGGUGUUGGAAGAUCUUAUUCUAACUGGAAAAAUUUACUUUGAAAUAAUUCUUAAGGAAGUGUCAUAUUUUGUAGUUGAAUGCUAUAAGAUAAAAUACCCAGGCCGAUGAUUUUAGUUUUUUUCCAAUUCUGUAAGAGAGCGCUGCAGUGACGCUGUAAUGUACAAAAAAAUUUCAAAUCUAACCUUUAAAUUAUAAAAAUGGUGAAGUUUUCUCUUUGUUCUGCAAAAUCGUUGGUUUGUAGGUAGGCUGUACUGUUCAUCAGCCAUUGAUUCGUAUCACACUCUCCUGAUUUUUCUCUUCUUUACUUUUCUUUUUCGACUUCCUAGAAAAGAGAAAGCGGAUAAAGUGCUACUAAAACUAGCAAAUGUAAUAUUAAAGCCUGUAGCUUAUUAAAAGAAACCCAUAUCUUAAUCAUUCCUUAUUUCUUUCACGAUGACUUUGCAGGUAGAUUUUUCAUUUUUUUAUAUAAAAAAAAGGAAAGUAAAGGAACAAGUUUAAGUUAAUAUAAUUACUGUCUUAAAUUUUUGAUACAGCAGGCUUGCAGCUUAAAUGACGAAAUUAUGUGCGUUUUACAUUUUGAUUUUUUCAGUGUGAAUGUGAGUCAUCACAACCUGAUACUCUAGGCAAGAGUACUUAAUUAGCAGUUUAAUCAUUUUCCGUCCUUUUUUUUCCAAUUCUGAUCACCAUAUAUGGGUCUUAUGUGUCGCGUUUUUUUUAUCAUCAGUUUAAUUCAUCAAUUUUUAUGCUCUGUGUAAAUGCCUUUUACUUUGAAUGAAGUUACUUUAAACGUUGAUCGUUUGCCGGGAUUCGGCAUUUUUGCCUCACAGCCAUUUUUUUGAUUUGCCUCACAGCCCUACGUUUAAUUAUAUGGCAAAAUACCCGAUUUUAAUGUAAAACGUGCGAUUCGUCCCAUUCUUAAAUGUAUUGAGCCAAAAGAGGAGAGGAAGAUUACUCUUUUUUAAAGUUGCUUCAAAAACCAAGAUUUGCAUCACAUUUGCCGCGAUUGUAAGAUGGUGGGAUCAAACAUUUUCCAAACCCCUGAAAGGAGCCUCUUCAUUAUGAGGUGACCAGAAAUUUACAUUCAAAAAUUAUUCUCAGAUCUGCGGCUGAAGAAUUGAUCUUAAAAUUUUCAACAGGUUGGUUUUGGAUAUGAAAAGUUUCAACACCUUCUUGCAGUCCGGCAUUUUUGUCACAUGGUAAAAUUUACGGUUUGUCUCACAAUAAUGUCCAACUCAUUGCACUUUUUCACCAUGAUUAGCGAAAGGAAAAAAAUAGAAGAAAAAAGAGGUUAUCACAUAAAAAUUACCUCAUGGCCGAAAAUUUUCUAUGAGAUCAGGCAUUUUUUGCACACCUGGCUUAUAUGUUUCCUUAGCAAGUUUUACCAUGUUCUAGAGCAGCUGUAUCAUGGCACUAUUUCACUUUCUCUUUUCUCCUUUUUCUAUCUGUCUCUUUUUAAUUUUUCGUAUUCUUAUUUUCCUAUUUUUUCACCUCUUUAAUUUUUGUUUUUUAAUUGGUAAGUAACUGCUGGACCAGCCGUUCAUUAAAGCCAACAAUCUGAACAACUACUGUUAUUUUAAGUUAUUCACACAGUUAAGAGGGAACGGAUAUCAAUCUGUUUGAAAGACAAUUUCAGCUGUGUAUUUUCUUGCCUACAUUUUAUGAAUUGUGUAAUUCUACACGUUAGUGAAAGACAAAUGCGGCCCCCAAAAAAACUGAGUUUGCCUGUUUAGAGAAAACUGUCAGAGAUAUCGAAUUACGGUAUGUAAAAGCUUGUAGUUUAUUGCAUUAGCUUUUUUUGGAGCCUUUGUUGAGUGCCUUUGGUAAAAAAUUCGCUUUUAAACAGCAAUAUUAUGGCAACAAGUAAAAAAAAUCCGCCAGAAUGUUUGAGUCAUUUUUCAUUUACUAAAUCCACUCCAUUGAAAUAUUAGAAAUUAAGUCAGCAAUCUUUUAGCCAUGGGGAGUUUUCUUUUUAACACACCGCCAAAAUUGAGCUGUGAAAAAGCGAAGUUUUACAAGAUGAGUUUAAUAAGGGUUCGCUAGAAAGCUAAUGGAACGAGCAACAAACAAUAUUCCAAUUGAUCUUUAAUAGUUUUCUUGAAACAGGCUAACUCGUAGUAUCUUUGGGUUAGCUGUUGUAUUUUUCCUCCUUUUUUCAUUGAGUGUGUACAUGAUUUUCUUCUGCCUUUCCCUCCACAGUAUCUUUACAAUUUGAGUCCUAUUUUCAUCCUUUUUUCCCCUCUCCUGUCUUAUUGGUAUAGUUAUUGAAACAAUGAAAUGCCUUUUUUGCUCCUUUGCAAAUUAAAAUUUACUAUUAUGGUCAAUGUAACUAGGAAUGUAAAUUGUGAAUAAUACAAGGUCAGCUUGGAUCAUAUACUUGACUUUUGACUCUUUAUGCUAUGUUUAUCUCUUCAAACCAGCUUCUAAUUUGUCAAGCUUUAUUUUUUUAAAUUUCUUUUUUCUGUUGAAUCUUGAAAUAAAGGAGCUCGUCAAAAAGUU